AUGACAUCUAAAUUCGGACGUCGAGAUUCCCUGGUGAAACAGGCUAGUCUAGACCGCAUUCAGAUUGAGGGAAUCAAGAGACAGAACACGAUCAGGCAUCGGAGGGAACUCGAGAAGUCAAUCCUCGCCAAGCAGGUAAGUUAGGAUUGAUUGGAGGGCUGGGGCAGUUUCAAAUCCAAAAAGUUAGCUCAUUUCACGCCGGUCCAGGAAAUCGCUUUUGUAUAUCGAUACGUUGAACUCAAAAAAAAUUAACCCAUUCUUUCAGGACCGGAAUAUAAAGUAAGAAAUUUUUGAAAAUUUAAGGUAGAAGUAAGGCCUGAUUUGGGAUUUCGAAAAAGAGACUGUAGCCUUUAGUCUAGACUACAAUAAACUUGCUAUUUCGUGUUUUUUUCUCUUGUCGGCCCCAUUUUUCGUUUAUUUUUUCAAAAAAGUGGGGAAAGCGGUUUUAGCGUUUUGCUUCUGAAUUGACAUCCCAAUCUUCUCAUACAUUUAGUGCAAAAUUUACAAAUUUGCAUGAAAAUCGAAUCUUCGCUCAUUCGGCGGCAUUUUCAUUCGGAAGGAAGGUUGGUUGAUAGCUCCCCGAGAGCUCUAAAAAUACAAGUUUCUCAAAUUUUUUAAAAUUUGCAUAGUCGAGACUUGAAUUCAUAAAUGUAUAAUAAGAUUGGGAUGUCAAAUUGGUCCCGUUACGAUAUUAUUUUUUCACUCUUAUUUGAGGACCGAAACUAAGUCUUUUCUAUGACCCAGAUUCAAGAAAACCUGAAACUCCAUGUUCAACUAGAUUUCAAUCGCUUGCUUUCAGUUACUAAACCGUCUAAAUGAUGAUAGUAUUGAACUGGUGAAGAGUGCUGAAGACCAGGAGAAACUCAAGUUGUCCGUCCUCAUCAACAGCAGUGCUGACAGUCGGGAUGUCCUCGUUUCCACAAUACAAAGGCUCCUUGCCUCAGGCGUUGAAGUUGAACAUGUCGAGACCAGACCGGACUUAGCCGAGCCGGGAGAAUUGGAGUUAUUUGCUCAGACUACUGGUUAUAAAGCUCAAUUUAUUGAGGCUUUUACUAAAUUGAGUAUCGAGAAGCCAGUGGAAAGAAUUGUUUUGAAAAAGACGGAACCAAUUUCAGGUGGGAUGAUUGCCAAAAAUAUCAAUAUUCAGAUAUCUGGUACCCAAAACAUAUAUCCGAUCUGGAUAACUGUGCUCAUGUCAUUGUAAAAUACGAACCGACUGAAGAUCCGAAGCAUCCGGCGAGUAGUAAAUGACUAAAUUAUAAUAUUGUAGGGAUACGGAGACAAAGAUUACAUCGCCCGGAGGGCUCAAUUAAAUGCCAUUGCCAAUUCUUAUAAACAGUAAGUAAGACAAUUACAACAUAAGGUCCUUAAGUGGUCAGCCAAUGCCCUUCAUUGAAUACACGGAGAAAGAAAACGAGACUUGGAAACAGUCUUACAGUCAAUUAAAGCUGUUGAGGGAGAGCCACACUUGCAUCGAGUAUCAGAGGAAUGUGCAAAAAAUGGAAGAAGAGGGAGUCAUCACUCUGGACAGAAUCCCGCAGCUUUCAGAACUCAACAAAUAUGUGCAAAGCAAGUUAUUCUUUCGUAUAAUAUUUGUUUUGUUCUAGAACGGACUGGUUUCCAGCUCAGGCCUUGUGGCGGAUUACUUUCCGCCAGGGAUUUCCUUGCCAGUUUGGCCUUCCGAACAUUUCAGGUACAUAGUUUUGUUUUAUUAUCAUCAAAUAUUUGAUUACUUUAGGCAACAUUAUAUGUCCGACAUCACAGUAAACCUCAUCAUUGUCCCGAACCAGACGUCAUCCAUGAGAUCCUUGGCCAUGUCCCCAUGUUUGCUGAUCCCAAUAUGGCCCAGUUGUCUCACGAGAUCGGUCUUUUAUCCCUCGGGGCAUCAGAUGAGCAGAUCGAGCGAUUGUCCACGGUAUACUGGUUUAUUGUGGAGUUCGGAUUGUGCAAACAGGACGACGGCUACAGAGCUAUCGGAGCUGGACUGAUCUCGGCCUUCGGCGAGUUACAGGUAAAUCCAUUCGAGUCAACCAAAGUAUUCACCUGUGUUCGUCUUUAGCAUGCCUGUUCUAAUGUCCCUCAGCAUGAAGAAUUUGAUCCAAAAGUAGUCGCCCUAAAGACAUACGAAGACUCGGAUUACCAGCCGUUAUAUUUUGUGGCACAUUCUAUUAUGGAUGCCAUGCAGAAACUACGGUAACUUGAUUCAUUCUGAUUUUAGUGAUCAAUAUUAUUCUAGAAAGUAUGCCCAGGAUCUCCCUAAGACACAGUACUUUACUUACGAUCCUUAUAGUCAGACUGUGAUCGCAAGAACACCAAAAGAGAAACUGAAAUCGGACAUUGAAGAGUUGACAGAAAGAAUGGAAUCCCUUAAAAAUGAGUUGAAGAAUCUUUAG